CAUAACAAAGCUCAAGCCAUCCAGCCGAUACAGAGAAAACGUUUACCUAUCUGUCGUUUGGAUACCAUCCAACUGCAUAACUCCACGUGUCACAUAAAUAAAAGCGUUGUAGACACGCCAACAAAUCAAUACGCGCUUUCUUUGUUAUCUUCGACACAUCAUCUUUCUCUCCUCUCUCCCAGAAACCCAUAACCCUUUCAAUUUCAUUUCAACCAUUUUUUCAAUUUUUUUCUCCCCUUUUCAAAAAUAAUAAUACCACAUCCUCUAUUAUUAUUUCUCCUUUAUUCAUUUGAAUUUUGAUCUUACAAGAGAUCUGGUAAUUAUUAUUACUAGCGUUUAGACGGGCACUAUGUCAGAGACAACAUCUUAUUGGUGUUAUAGAUGCAAUCGUUUUGUAAGAUUAAGCAGACAGGAAACCGUCGUCUGCCCUGAUUGCGACGGCGGUUUCCUCGAAGAAAUUGAACAACCUCCACAAGUUGAUUCCCGCCGCCGACGUUUCCCAGCCGCCGCCAUGUACAUGAUCGGUCAACGUCCAAAUUCAGAUCAUAAUCAUAAUGGUUCUCGUCCAUCUUUCCUCCGUAGAACCCGCCGCAACGGUGGUGACCGGUCACCUUUCAAUCCGGUCAUUGUCCUCCGUGGCGGUGGCUCAACAGAGGCAGCCACAGAAGCCGGUAACAACGGUGGAGGAGAAAGAGGAGAGAGCCGUGGGUUUGAGUUAUUUUAUGAUGAUGGUGCUGGUUCUGGUUUAAGACCAUUACCACCAAGUAUGUCAGAGUUUUUGCUUGGAUCUGGUUUUGAUAGAUUAUUGGAACAGCUUUCACAGAUUGAGAUCAAUGGUAUUGGAAGAUAUGAACAUCCACCAGCAUCAAAAGCUUCUGUUGAUUCAUUACCAACUCUUGAAAUUGAUAAUACUCAUUUGGAAAUGGAAUCACAUUGUGCUGUUUGUAUGGAAGCUUUUGAGUUAGGUACUGUUGUUAGAGAAAUGCCUUGUAAGCAUAUUUAUCAUCCUGAUUGUAUUUUACCUUGGCUUGCACUGCAUAAUUCGUGUCCGGUUUGUAGACAUGAGUUACCGACUGAUUCUGAUGCUGGAAAUGGUAAUCAAUUGCAAUCGCAAUCACAAUCACAAUCAUGGUCGCAGGUGGAGUCGCAGCAAUCGGUUGGUUUGAAUGAGGAAGAGAGUAAUGUUGGGUUGACUAUUUGGAGAUUGCCUGGUGGUGGUUUUGCUGUGGGGAGAUUUUCGGGUGGGAGGAGAGGUGCUGAGAGAGAGUUACCUGUUGUUUAUACUGAAAUGGAUGGUGGGUUUAAUAAUGGUGGUGAACCUAGGAGGAUUUCUUGGUCUUCUAGAGGGAGUAGAGAAAGACAAAGAGGUGGUGGUUUGAGAAGGUUUUUUGGGAGUUUCUUUGGUUGUUUUGGUGUUGGUGGUGGAGUUGGGAAUCAACGGUCUGUUAUGGGUAGAGAGUUGAGGUCUGUGAGGACCAAUUCGUCGCAUUCUUCAAAUAUGGAUCCCUCUCCGCGGUCGAGAAGGACUUGGUCUAUGGAUGUAAACAGUGGAAUGAGGUCAUGGUGAAUUAACUUAUUGGGGAGGCUAAAAAGCUUAACUUUGUUUUUUGCUUCCUGAAUAUAUGUUGAUCAAAGUCAAAGUACAUAAUGAUUAAUGAGAAUGAAUGAAUACAAGGUGCACAAGUGACAUUUGCUGCUGCAGAUAUACGAUAAAAUUAUGUGGGAGAUUAAUUUUGUAAUGUUGGAUGGAAAAUUGUAAUCGUAAGAUUCAUCAUUCAGCUGUGUUAGCAAUUGUCAAUGGGGAUGUAAUCAUGUGAUGCAGCAGCAAUGGAAGAAAAGCCAGAAAACAAUGAAGGGGAACUUAGUAGAAUGGCGAUCGGUGCGGUAUUUGUCUAUCUUUUGUGGGGGAAAGGGGUGGGGGACAUGAUGAUCAGUACCUUAUUUUUACAUUGAUUAUGAAAUGAUUCAACUGAAUCACAUAAGCACCUUCAUAUUGUUUUUUAUUUUGUGUCUCUCAUCAUUGAUAAACUUAAUCUAGCUUCAGUUUUACGAUCUUUCAAAUUAUGUUUGUUUGUAUUCUUUGUUACCUUCAAGAAUACAUAUUCAAAAGCAUGAUAAGCACACUGCCUUGAAUCGAUUGUCGCUGAUGGCAUAUAUCAUGCUUGGUUUUUUUGUUAGAAGGUCUCCAAAUCACCAUUAAGCAAAGCAAUCGAUAAUUCCAUAUUAUGGUUCAAGUCUA